AUGUUGUCUUUGGCCUUCCAGUUUGGAAAUCUCCGAGUUUUCUUACGUAUAAUUGGAGGUAGCUGAAUACGAGUUGAACCAUUUGGUUCAUGGAGCCCUAUAUCCAACACUUUAGGUGUCAUCAUGUUCUGUGUGGAGAAAAAUGCUCCGCAUCUUGAUGUAAAGAAGACGGAAAUGUAGAAAAAUAAUUUCAUCUCAAAGCUGAAAGUAAUUUUAUCUGGAUGUAAAGAUGCUCCCUGGAACAUAGUUGAGAGUGGUGGAGUUAACUACAAACUAAUCAUCAACCAUCUGCCUUACAUAAUACAUGUGUCACGGCUUCAAUUCUAUGUUGAUAAAUCCCUAGUCUUCAACAUUUUUAGAUUAGUGAAUAUGUCGUACUCUUCACACCAAACGAAAGUCAGUAAUCCCUAAAGUCAUCCUUUCAUCGUAUGUUAAAGGGGCUUUUACAUAUUCGUAUGAAGAUGAAUCAUUGUUAUUCACAUGAUGAUCAGCUGAUUGUCGAUAUCUUCAGUUGUUUAUAGAGUGGACAAUUCUUUUAUACAUUCCUCAGUUGAUUAUAGAUUGGAUAAUCGUUUUUUAGAUGUUUUCCGAGUCAUCCUAUUCGACCUAUGAAAUUUUAAUCAACCAAUGAACUCCUCUGUUUAGUAUUAUUGAAUUAUUUAUUUUUAUCUCCUUUUAAUUGCACCAACUGCUUUGCUUCUAUAUUUAAACCAAAGAUUACAAUAUGCUUACAAUAGGAACCUGAUUGCACUAUGUUCAGUUGUUCUCAAUAUUUAUUCUUUAUUCACUUAUAGUGAAUAACAAAGAUGAGUGAAAUAGAGGUUAAAAGCAAGCCAUCAUCUUGUUCUUACAGAACGUGUCUUCCAACUGUACUACGUUAAAAUUACUUGUAUAAUGUUCUCUCCAAAUUGAUGAUGCAGUGCCCUUUCAAGCGUAGCAUUAUUCUCACUGGUGGUAAUCGUAUAUAUGUGGAGCAGGUUCAAACUAGACAGUUUUGGGAAAAACUGAAAUCUAUAACCCAUCUCAUGAGAUAAUUGGAAAUAUUUUGGAGAGACUUGUUUAGCUCAAGCACAGAAAUCCUGUAUUUAAACAGUAUCUGAUGAAUUUUACAUGAACAACUCUUAAUAAAUAUGUACCAUGCCAUGCACAAAGGAAAAUACAAUUCAACUUUUCAGCUGGUUGGAGCCUGGUCAAUCUUGUGAACCAUGACCAAGUUCAAGCCAAAAAAAGUUAUGCUACUUUUCAAUAGGAUGUUUUGGCUUUUGUGUUGGGUUAAUGUGGUGGAAAAAUUCUACUUCUCUUUUCUGUUCCGUCAUUAACCUACUCAUUGAAAGCAGUAUUUAUUACAGAUUAAAAGAAAAAGUGUUUCCGUAAACUUGCCCCCAUAAUUGUCAUGACAUGCCUGAAGUAAAUAAUUUUAUAUUUUUUUAUUGCUUGCGUUCUAUCAACUUUUGUUUACUCUGUUGUUUUGUUUCUUAUUCAGCCACUGAUCUCACUGUAAAAUAAAUCAUGCAGGCCCCUGUGCUUUUUCGUGGGAUUGGCCAUUCCUUGAAUCCUACCAAUACUAUGGUGAGAUCUUCUAUUUUCUAUUUUUAUGUUUGUUUCAUUUUUCAAACAUGAAGGACUUUUAGAUGCAAUCGAAUUUGUCCUAUUUUAUUCGUUAGCUCAGUAGGCUGCAUUCGUUUCACCCUCUCAUGGUUUAAUAUGUUUAUUUCACAGGUUGUGAAAGUCCUAUCUGCCUCUCCUUCAGCAUAUUCUGCAAAUCCAAAGACUAGGCUGUCAAAGGCCCCAUCUCUUACUGGAUCUGCAAUUUCGUUAGUUUCUGUUGUGCAGGUAGUAUUGGGCUUCCUUUCAGUUCUUUUGUGGAAUAAUCUUUUUUUAUCAUUUUUUAAAUCACCAUAG